GCCCAGGUUACACUCCGGUAAAGGGAUCUUGUUAUCUCAGACGAACAACCAACAUGGCCGCCGUGUUUCUGUGUCUUCUGCUGAGUUUGACUGCAACGUUGGCAGUGCGACGACAGGCCAAUUUAGAAGUGCCUGCCUUUUCUGCUGGAAAGCUUGUCGCCAAUGUCCACGAACCUCAACUCACCGACGCUUCCGGUUUGGCAGCAAGCCAAAAAUUCAAAGACGUCAUAUACACUCACAAUGAUGGCGCCGGCGGGCCUUACAUAUACGCCAUUAACGCCACGACAGGGGAGGUCAUAUCUACAAUGGAUAUUGCCAUGGCGACCAACCACGACUGGGAGGAUAUAGCGGUGGGUCCAUGUGGCGAGAAUAGCUGCAUAUACAUCGCUGACUCCGGCUAUAGGAGCGGCUCCUCGGCCAACACCAUCUACCGAGUACAGGAACCAGACACACUCAGCCCCAGCCUAACACUGGCCAUCGAUUCUACGGCAACAUACACUUGGUCUGAAGACGAGUCCCAAACGUUAAUGGUUGAUCCAAACGGAGAGGUUUAUCUGAUCGGGGUCAUCUACAGCGGGCGUGGGAUGGUCUCCCACCUCCCUGCUAGCGCCUGGGGAUCAUCCACCCCCGUCAAUAUCGAAACGACCCAGUUUCUGCCGAUCCACACCCACCACCACGACCCCGUUUCUGGGGACAUCUCAAGAGACGGUACUGAACUCCUCAUCAAAUCCAAGUCCAACAUCUUUUACUGGAAAAUCGAAAACGGCGACGUCUUGACGUCUCUCACAAAACCCCCUGUGGAAGUACCCUACCAUCCCACUGGUCUUGGAGAAGCCAUCUGCUGGAGUGCUGACGGUCAGAGCUACUACACCUUACCCGAGGGACACCACCCCGCUCUCUAUGUGUACUCUAGACUCGGAGGGGGUCACGGAUCAUCCAGCGUGAUUGGAAAAUAAACUGUAGUAUUCACAUUGAACCGGUAGAUAAACAAUCUUUGGCAAUCGGUACGAUUUUAUACACAGACAAUGGACACGUAUUAUAAACCCAUUUUAGUGUUUAUUUUUACCAUUACUCUAAAAUCUAAUAAAAAUUGUGAAUUCAA